AUGCAAAAAAAUGAUGUGUCUAUGUCAAUAGAAAUUCCAUACAAAUUGUAUAAAGCUGAUGCUGGUGGAUAUAAGUUUAGUUUAAAACCAAAUUUACAACUAGAAAACCAUAAUUUCCAACCUGCUCUUCAUCUUAUCGACAAACAUUGUCCACAUGACAAACUGUAUGAGGUUCAAUUUAAUUAUGAUAAGCACACUGUUUAUAUUACAACAGGAGAAGGAAUACUCACUAGCCUUCCACUUCCAGAUGAGUUCUCAGAUUUUAAUGAGGUGGAGGUUUGGAUGACAUGGAUCAAAAAAGACAUAUGUGUAGGAUCAAAGAAUAAGACAUUUUUUACAUACCCUAGGAACAUCACUGGCGGGAAGUCAGCUGAUAAAUUUAUUGGAUAUAUAAAAUUUGAAACUAAUUAUGGAUUUGAUUGGAAAGUCCAUGAAUCUCCAGAAGUGUAUAAAAUGCCCCUAGAAAAAAAUUUAAAAGGAGGGAAAUUGCAUUGGGUAUCUAUCGAAGAUCACAAGUUACCACAAGAUGCCAUGAUAGGUGGAUUUGAGAAGAAUCCAAUAUAUAUAGCUAGAGCUAUGUAUUCUGGGUCACUCUGUCCUGGAAAAUAUGUGCCUGAAGAAGGAAAAGCUUAUGUAGCUUGGGGUGGAGAGGAACAUGAAAAAAGCAAUUUUCAGAUACUAUGCGGAUAUAAUGCUAAGUGGGUGUUAUGUUCCGAUGACAAUAUUCCAGAAAAUGCAUUUGUAGCUGGCACCUCAGAAAUCCAAAAUGAACCACUAUAUAUAGGACGAGCUUUUAUUGAUUAUAAGUUAAUAGUAGGUAAAGUUCACAUGCUGUAUAAGACAUGCUAUUUACCAUAUCAAGGUGAAGAAAUAGAAGUGCAAGAUUAUGAAAUAUUACUUGAUUUAAGCAUUAAACCAAAAGGUUAUCCUUGUCGUGGGAAAUGUAAAGUUAAUGUCUUCAACAAAGACCUAACAUGUAUUUAA